AUGCUGCUGCAGGACCCCGAGGGCCAGAUCAAGUCCACGCACUCGAUCUCGGCCGGGCUGGACUACCCCGGCGUCGGACCCGAGCACGCGUGGCUGCUCGAGUCGAAGCGCGCCGAGUACGUGGCGGUGAGCGACGAGCAGGCCCUGGAGGGCUUCAAGGAGCUCACGCGCAAGGAGGGCCUCAUGCCGGCCCUGGAGACGUCGCACGCCGUCUACCACGCCAUCCAGCUGGCCAAGACCAUGAAGCCCGACCAGAUCAUCCUCGUCUGCAUGAGCGGUCGGGCCGACAAGGACAUGGGCACCCUCUCCGCCGCCCUGGGCGUCACCCUCCACUAA